AUGAAACAUAAAAACUCACAUUAUAAUCAGAUUGAAAUCGGUCCAGAAGAUAUCAGUAGAUCUUCUUCGAGAUACUUUGUUAGCAACCACCAUCAUCAUAAUCAACUCCAGCUCCACCACCACGGUUAUCACUCUACAACUACAGCUGCCUCUAUAGAUAAUUAUAUGAUGGAUGAUGACAACAAUGAAGAAAUACUACUUAGAAGUAUGAUUAAAGAUAACAAUAAUAAUAAUAACAAUGGUUUCACUCAUAACACUACUACCAGUACCAAUAGAUCGAGAUCAUCAUCUUUGUCUUCCUCCCCCAAUAUCAAUAAUAUUAAAUUGAAUAGUAGUGGAAAUCAAAAUAAUAACAAUAACAACAACAAUAAUAAUAAUAUAGUAGUACCGGAAUAUACAAAUCAACAUAGCAACAUUAAUAAUAAUAAUAACAACAAUCCACCAGUACAAUUUAAUAAUUUCAAUGAAAAAUUAUUGUUUAUAAAGAAAUUAUUGGCAACUUCUAAAUUUAAUCCAACUUCAACCACCACUACCACAACCACCAACAACAAAUCAAAUUCAUCACCAACCACUUUAUCAAGUCCAAUUUCAAAUUUAAUGUCAGCUUGUAAUUCCUCGUCAGUUGUCAUGUCACCUUUAACGGUCGACUCAAUUUCCAGGCCAAUUUCACCGGUACAAAUUAUCAGUCCUUCAAUGGAGAGUCAGCAGCAACAACACGAAGACCGUGACAAUCUCGAUAGUGAAGCCGACGAAGACGACGAUAUGCUCGAAUAUCCAAGUUCAGUCUCCACCAUCCAAUCGUAUAUCAGACAACUCAAUGUCUGGAUUAGCCAGAUCGACCGUUGUUCGCCAUCGGCACGUGCCAUCGUCUGGGAAAACUACAGAAUGACCUGCUUCACCAAAGCCUAUCCCGGUCAUCAUUCGCCAGCCCAAUCCCGACUACCACUCGAUCAAGAUGCUGUACGUCUCGUUUACCGACGCCAUCAAGAACAACAGCAAUCUCUUUGA